GUGCGAGUAGAUUCGCACUUGUCUGCGAGGACUUUUUUCCCGAUGUCGAGAAGAGUCCGUCCCACCGUAUGCAGCCGACGUCUCCUGCGCACAACACCUUGCUACUGCGCCUUUUGGAAGAGGGCGAACGUCUGCAGCAUACGGUAACAUCUCCUGAGCGGCAAAACCAUUCCUUGGCAGGAACUGCGUCUUCGUUUUGCCUGGAGGCUGGGAUGCCUGCAUUGGGAAGGAGCGAAAGUGCGACCGUCAGUUCCCUUAGCUCCGACGAACCCCGCAAACUCCAAAUAGAUUCGGAGUUACGGACAUCGCCCUGUGGGCCUUUCACCAGCAGUGCUCGCUGCAAAGUCCGAAUAGAUUCGGAGCUACUGACGUCGCCCUGCGGCCCUUCCGCCAGCAGUGCUCCUCACGCUACAGUUCUGCGGGGCCAAGAAAAUGUGAGGUCCAACCCCCCACAUCUUCAAUUGGGCACAGUGUUCCCCUGCUCACCGCCGUUCUCAUAUGUUGAGACUCAAGACUGGCAGUCUUGCAAAGUACUGGAGGGGCCCGCUGCAGGAGUGUUGGAGACCGGGGGUAGCGAGUAUGAACGUCAUGCUUCAGAGGGUGUAUCCGUCGACUUUGGGAGCAAGAGUACAGCAGCUCCAGGGGAAGAGGAGCUCUCAUCCGAGUAUGAACGUCAUGCUUCGGAGGGUGCGUCCGUCGACUCUGAGGGCAAGAGUACAGCAGCUCUGGGGGAAGAGGAGCUCUCACAGGAAGCGCAUGCUCUGCAGCGGGAAGAGGAGACUCAACACUGGCCGGCUCGUGAAGUGUUGAAGGGGCUAGAUGCAGGAGUGUUGGAGACCUGGGCUAGCGAGUAUGAACGUCAUGCUUCGGAGGGUGCGUCCGUCGACUUUGAGAGCAAGAGUACAGCAGCUUCGGGGGAAGAGGAACUCUCACAAGAAGCGCAUGCUCUGCAGCGGGAAGAGGGGACUCAACACUGGCCGGCUCGCGAAGUGGUGAAGGGGUUCGAUGAAGGAGUGUUGGAGACCUGGGCUAGCGAGUAUGAAUGUCAUGCUUCGGAGGGUGCGUUUGUCGACUUUGAGAGCAAGAGUACAGCAACUUCGGGGGAAGAGGAGCUCUCACAAGAAGCGCAUGCUCAACAGCGGGAACAGGAGACUCAACACUGGCCGGCUCGCGAAGUGCUGAGGGGUGCUCGAUGCAGAAGUGCUGGAGACCAGGACGUCCGAAGAGGUUCUGCACAGCCAUUCGGUUGUGGCGACGACGCAAGAGGGUGACGUUAAGGGAGGUCAGUGGAUGUUUGUGGAAGGCAAUGACCGUGGGGAGGAAGGACAUACGUGGACGUUUGUGGAAGCU